ACAGGGAGCUAAUAUACGAGGAAAGAUCAUCUGGAAAUAGUGGGGGGCAAGAGAUCUCAGUAACUUUGCAGGGCGGCCUCUGGAAGGACACAGAAGCCUUCGCACACAAAGCCUUGCUGCUAAAGUUGUAUUUUUGCCCAGGCAGUGAAUUGCUUUGCUUUGUUUUUUAAGGAGUUAUGAAGGAAAGCAGAUCAAACGGACAGAUUAGUGGUCCAAGUUGUGGACUCAGUGGAAUUUGUGCCAGGCAUUGAACAAACAACUUACCAAGGUGCUUGAAGGAGUUUUGCAGCUGAAGGAUAUGAAGAGCUGUGGAUAUAUAGCGAGGGAUGAAUACCCUGUUGCAUCCCUGGGACCUGCAAUGACAAGUCUGAACAGUAGCCAUGCAGAGAAAACCCGUGAGAUGUCUUCAAAGCAGCCCGCGCCCAAAGUGCAGGUUCAGCGAUCUGUUUCCCGAGAAACCAUCACCAUUCAUUUCUCGGCGUUUGGGAAGGAGGAAGAAGAGGAGGAAGAAGAGUUCAUGGAGUCCCCCUCCGAGGCACUGGACAACCAAAGCAUUGUAACUGCACUUGAAGCUAAGGAAGACCUGUGCUUUGAUCACGGUGACCAUGACUCUUCGGGUCCCACUACCUCGCUUAAUGUGGCUGCAUCUCCACUCGUCUCGCCAACUGCAAAGCCCUUAGAAACCCAAGUAUUUAGUGUGGUGCCAUCAGCUCUUUCGUCCUCCUCGCAUUUGACUCACACCGCCAUCUCAUCAGGGGUGGCGUUGCCUUCAGAACUGAAAACCAGCCUGUCGCCAUCUCCAUUGCCCUCCCCUUCCAAGACCAACACGCCAUCCGCUGUUGCCGGCUCAAAGCCUUUCAUGAGUUUAGUUAAGUCCCUCUCGACAGACAUCGAACCAAAAGAGUCCACUCCGCCCACGAGACACAGGCAGUUGAUGAAAACCCUGGUAAAGUCUCUCUCCACAGACACUUCUAAGCAGGAGCCCGAAGCGGUUUCCUACAAACCGCCGGACUCCAAACUCAACUUGCACCUGUUCAAGCAGUUCACCCAGCCUCGGAGUACAGGUGGCGACUCCAAAACUGCUCCCUCGUCCCCCUUGACAUCUCCGUCGGAUACUCGUUCUUUUUUUAAAGUGCCCGAAAUGGAGGCCAAAAUCGAGGACACGAAGAGACGCUUCUCGGAGGUGAUCUACGAGCCUUUUCAGCUCCUCAGCAAAAUAAUGGGUGACGAGAGUAGUAGCCACAGGCCCAAAGCCUUAUCUUCAAGUGCUUCAGAGCUGUCCAAUCUCUCCAGCAUGAAUGGCCAUCUGGAAAGCAAUAACAACUAUAGCAUUAAGGAGGAGGAAUGCGAUUCCGAAGGGGACUUCUACGGCAGCGACUCCAGUAUAUGUAAGAGUGCUAAGCAGUCCCAGAAUGCGGAGGAGCCUGCAAAAGAGGCCGACAGAAGAAGCUCCCCGUUGUUAAGCACAAAGGACCCCAGUUUGAAGGCUUCACUGGUACUUGAAAGAUGUUCUCUGUCUGCUCUGGCGAGCAAAGAGGACGAGGAGUUCUGUGAACUGUAUUCCGAAGACUUCUGUUUGAUAGAGGAUGACGGUAAACCUGACAAACCUUUCGAAAAAAGCUACCUGAAGGCAGAGGGGAGGCCUGAGGAAAGCUCUGCCUCACCUUUCAGCGGUGAAGGUGGCACCGAACUACAUCUGCAACAGCCUAAACUUCCAAUGAAAACGUUGUACUUUCUCACAAUGUUGAUCUAUGCCUACCUUAUUCUCCCUCUUCCCAGUUACUUCAGCGGACUCUUUUUGGGAGUUGCCGUGGGAUUUAUGAUUGCUAUCUGUGUCAUUUGGCUUUUUACACCAAGUUCUCGAGGUAACAGGCUACAUAGGAAUUGGAGCAAGCAAUUGAAUAUGCACCCUCUGGACAUCCAGGAACCUGAGAUAUUGAAGGGCUGGAUGAAUGAGAUCCAUAACUACGAUCCAGAGACAUACCAUGCUACAUUGACUCACUCUGUCUACGUGAGACUUGAAGGAAGCACCUUGAGACUUUCGAACCCCAACAAAAAUAUCUCCAGAAGGGCUAUUUACAAUGAAGCCAAGCCAGAAGUCACUUACAUUAGCCAGAAAAUUUAUGAUCUUACAGAAAGCAAGAUUCACCUGGUACCCAAAAGUUUGGCCCGGAAAAGAAUCUGGAACAAAAAAUAUCCUAUUUGCAUUGAGCUUGGGAGACAAGAUGACUUCAUGGCUAAAGUCCAGGUUGACAAAGAGACAUCGGAAGAGAAGCCCACCGUAGAAAAAGUGGAAGCGAGCAGUGAAGAACCCAAGAGGCAACCUCAGGAUGGAGCGAAGUCCAUCACUCAGAAGGACCAAGUGCUUUAUCUCUUUGGGAGGACUGGUAGGGAGAAGGAGGAAUGGUUUCAGAGGUUCCUCCUGGCUUCCAAACUGAAAUCUGAAGGGAAAAAGCCAAUUGCUGUGUGUGGACAAAAGCCUGGAUUCUUGCCAGCACACAGUCGAUCCGACAGCCAGUCUGGAGCUCUGACCCACAGCCGUAGCAGCAGCAAAGGGAGCAUCGAUGAAAUGGUCUCCCAGCCGAAGCAGAAGGAACUGGCGGCCAGUGUGAGACAAAAAAUGCUUCUGGAUUACAACGUGUAUAUGGCCAGGUGCAUUCCACAAGAACAGGCGAGCCCUGUGGCCAGCCCAGUCCACAGUGCAGACAGCAGCCCUACAGCUGUGAAGAAGUUGCCAUCCGAUGCCCAUUGUGAAGAAGAGACACAGGAAGCAUGGGUGAACGCCUUGCUGGGAAGAAUAUUUUGGGAUUUCUUGGGAGAAAAGUACUGGUCUGACAUGGUGUCCAAGAAGAUACAAAUGAAGCUCAGCAAAAUAAAGUUGCCGUAUUUCAUGAAUGAACUAACACUAACUGAACUGGACAUGGGAAUUGCCAUGCCGAAAAUCCUUCAAGCCUGCAAACCUGCCAUUGAUUAUAAAGGGCUUUGGAUUGACUUGGAAAUAUCUUACAGUGGAUCUUUUCUAAUGACCCUGGAGACCAAAAUGAAUUUGACCAAACUUGGAAAGGAACCUCUAGGUGAAGCACUGAAAGUUGGAGAAAUUGGCAAAGAAGGUUUCAGGCCAAGGGCAUAUUGCCUUGCAGACAGCGAUGAGGAAUCUUCUAGUGCUGGCUCCUCAGACGAAGAUGAUGCUCCAGAAGCAACAGGGAGCGAGAAACCUCUAGUGCCAGGAGGAGAAGGAUAUGUUGGGGGGCACCGAACCAGUAAAAUAAUGAGGUUUGUGGAUAAAAUCACCAAGUCAAAAUACUUCCAGAAAGCAACGGAAACGGAGUUCAUCAAAAAAAAGAUUGAAGAGGUCUCGAACACUCCACUUUUGCUAACCGUUGAGGUACAAGAAUGUAAAGGAACAUUAGCAGUUAACAUUCCUCCACCUCCCAGUGAUCGAAUAUGGUACGGCUUCCGAAGACCACCCUACCUGGAGCUCAAAGCUAGGCCAAAGCUUGGUGAGAGAGAGGUGACUUUGGUUCAUGUGACUGAAUGGAUAGAGAAAAAAUUGGAACAAGAAUUCCAGAAAAUUUUUGUCAUGCCAAACAUGGACGAUGUUUAUAUCCCUCUAAUGCACUCAGCCAUGGAUCCCCGUUCAUCUGUGUGUCCUCCGAAAGAAUCCGUCACAGAAGCUACUGAUCAGCCAUGAAAUGUGAAGACUGCAGUUUACAGUAUUAACAGAUUAUGUUUUCAUGUGGUUUUGGGGUUUGUU